AUGGUCGAGAUCACAGACCUAAGAAAUGCAACAGUUCACCGACGUCACAUCGAUCAAAUCCACUUCAACGAGACUCCCACUCCGAUUGAGGAUCCGGCCGAUGAAACCCAAGAAAACCCAUCCUGUGAUACACCGCCGACAACCACAGAAGACCAUACACAGCAACCCGCUACUCCGGGACCGUCUACUGACGAGAAUACCCCACUAGCACUCCGAAGACCAAUCAGAAGAGCAAGAGAAUUCGACGAGGCUCUUUUGAGAGAGGAGAGUUGUGGUGAUUCGGACCUACGAGAUCACGUCUGCCCUGGAUCAGCGCGGUACAGUUUCCGGACAUUGGUAGUCAAUCGACCUUGA